AUGAGCUUUGAAUUUGAGGAGGCACCUAGGGGCCUGGACUGGGCCCUGCCCUGGCCGAGGCGGACAUGGUGCCCCUGCUGGCUGCUGCUGCUGCUCCUGCUGUGGGGGGGGUCCCUGCAGCAGGAUCAAGGUUUCUGGCUCCAAGUGCAGGAAUCCGUGGCGGUGCAGGAGUGCCUGGGUGUCCAUGUGACCUGCUCCUUCUCCUUCUCCUGGAGUUACUGGUCUUCCCCUGGCAAACUCUUCAUCUACUGGUUCCGGGAAGGGGAUAACACCCUCGUCGGUGAGCCUGUGGCCACAAACAACCCACACAGACCAGUGAAACCACAGACUCGGGACCGAUUCCAACUCUCUGGGGAUCCCCAGAACAAGGACUGCUCCCUGAGCAUCAGAGACGCCAGGAUGAGUGACACGGGGGUCUACGUCCUCCGGCUGGAGGAAGGAAACAGAGUAAAACACACUUACACAGAUAAGAAGCUGAAGGUGCAGGUGACAGCCCUGACAGAGAAACCCGACAUCCACUUUCUGGAGCCUCUGGAGUCUGGCCGCCCCACAAACCUGACCUGCUCUCUGCCGCCAGUCUGUGAUGGGGGAAGGCUUGUCCAUUUCUCCUGGGCGGGGGCCGCCCUUGAUGCUGUGGACCCAGAGGCCCUUGGCUCCUCGGUGCUCACCCUCACCCCGAGACCCCAGGACCAUGGCACCAACCUCACCUGUCAGGUGAAACUCCAAGGAGCUCAGGUGACCACGGAGAGAACCAUCCAGCUCAAUGUCUCCUACGCGCCAAAGCUGAUGACGACCAGAAUGUUCCAGGAAAAAGUCACAGACCUGAAUGGCACAUCACUGCCGGUCCUGGAGGGCCAGUCCCUGCGCCUGGUCUGUGGGGCUGACAGCAACCCCCCUGCCGUGAUGAGCUGGUCCCGGGAGGGAAGAGCUCCUCGCCCCUCGCAGCCCUCAGCACCCGGGGUCCUGGAACUGCCGCACGUGGGGGCUGAUGAUGGAGGGGAAUUCACCUGCCAAGCUCAGAACCCACUGGGCUCCCAGCAGGUUUCCUUCCACCUCUCUGUGCAGAGAAGCCCCCCUUCCUGCAGCUGUGUGACUGAGGAGCAGCAGGGCUCCUGGCCCCUGGUCCUCACCCUGAUCAGAGGGGCCCUGAUGGGGCUUGGUUUCUUCCUCGCCUAUGGCCUCACCUGGAUGUACUACACCAGGUGUGGAGGCCACUAGGCAGCAGUGCUGAGAGGCAGGACUGAGCCUCCCUGCUUCUCAAGACAGGGUUCCGUGAGGACGAGGCGCCCAGAAGACACACAGGAGAGGACAUUGCAGUCAGCUUCUUCCUGGAAUCGCUCAAUGCAAACCUUAUCUCCUUUGCACCCAUGAGCUUUGAAUUUGAGGAGGCACCUGUGUGAUGCUGUAGAGUCUAUCCCAGUGAAAGGAGACUUUUAUUUCGUAUGUGUUCCAGGAGCAGGUGGCAUAGCCCGCUGGGCAGGGCCCCAGGGGGAAGCACCAGGUGUUGCUGAGGCAGAAGGAGCAGGUGCCAGGAAGGCUUUCCUGGGGUUUCCAUGGAAAGGCAAGGCUGGGCAGGCAAAAUACAUUGGGAUGUGCUAGUUUGAAUAAGCCUGGUGGGUUUGGGGCUCUGACGAUGGUCUUGAGUAGACUGCUACCAGUUCAGGAAGGAUUUAGAGAAGGGAAAUAGGAUCUUGGUGGUGGGAGGGGUAGUUAAGGAGAAUGGUUGAGGGUUAUGGGCUAAGGAUUGGUUGGUUUGCAGCUGAAAGGUGAGCUCCUGGCAGGGCCCUUUUCUGUCUCUAAGAAUUGGCUGACCCUGGGAGGCGGCGUCCUUCCCAGGCUGGUACGUUUUGUAAGAUGUCCAAGCAUCAUAUGAUACAGGAAAUAAAACACGACUGUGGUCUACACCCCCCAA